GUUAGGGUGAGUUCGAGAUCAGAUUAUAAGAUUCAUUCUCCUCUGCUAUUCAAUUCAACAUCCACCCAUGGCUACCCACUUCAAAUUUGCCAUUCUUUCUGCCAUUGUUCUUCUCAAAUAUCUCGCACUUCCGCCUGUCAGCUCGGCCACUCUGAAUCUUGACACAGACAAACAGGCUUUGAUUGCAAUCAAGUCAGCAUUUCAAACCAUUCCGCCUCCAAAUCCCCUGUUUUCAUGGACUAACCAAACAUCAUCUCCCUGCAACUGGGUCGGCGUUACCUGCAACACAGAUGAAACCCGAGUGGUUGGCCUGAAUCUCGCCGGCUUUCAACUCUCCGGCGCCAUCGAUCCUCACAUUGGGAACCUCUCCUUCCUUCGCUCACUUCAACUCCAGAGCAAUCAACUAACAGGGCAAAUCCCACAUCAAAUCAACAAGCUUUUUCGCCUGAGAGUUUUGAAUAUGAGUUUCAACAAUUUACAAGGCCCAUUACCUUCCAACAUCACGACAAUGGCAGAUCUCGAGACCCUUGACUUGAGGUCCAACAAAAUCAAUGACAGACUCCCGGACGAGCUCAGCCGCUUGACCAAGCUACAAGUUCUUGUUCUGGCCGGAAACAGAUUCUACGGCGCAAUCCCACCAUCUUUUGGUAAUCUUACCUCGCUUGUUACCAUAAAUUUAGGAACAAAUUCAAUCAGUGGAUCCAUUCCCACCCAAUUAUCCAACAUUCCAAACUUGAAGAACCUGAUUAUCGCCGUUAACAACCUUUCUGGGACUGUUCCUCCCGGCAUAUACAAUAUGUCUUCCUUGGUUACUCUGACCUUGGCCUCCAACCACCUCUGGGGAACAUUCCCCAAGGAUAUUGGAGAAAAACUCCCCAAUCUUUUAGUGUUCAUCUUUUGCUUCAACAAAUUUACAGGAACAAUCCCUGAGUCGAUGCAUAACAUUACAAGAAUACGAAUCAUACGGUUCGGAGACAAUUUUCUUGAAGGGACAGUCCCACCAGGCCUCGAGAAACUUACCCAUCUCUCAAUGUACAACAUCAGGUACAACAAGCUUGUGGGUUCUGAUGCAAAUGGGGGCCUCAAUUUCAUCACUUCCUUGACAAACUGCUCUCGCCUUGCCUUUCUAACUCUCGAGGGGAACAAAUUUGAAGGUGUAAUUCCGGAUUCCAUUGGGAAUCUCUCCCAGGAACUUUCUAAGCUGUAUAUGGGAGAGAAUCGUUUUUAUGGGAAGAUACCCACAACAAUCUCUAAUCUCCACGGCUUGACUCUUCUAAAUAUGAGUGAUAACUCGUUAUCAGGUGAAAUCCCACCUCAAAUUGGCAAAUUGGAUAAGCUUCAAGUGCUUCUUAUGGCAAGGAAUCGAUUGUCUGGUAGCAUUCCAAGUUCUUUGGGUGAUCUUCGAAUGUUGAAUCAAAUUGAUUUAUCAGGAAACGAUUUGGUUGGUAACAUACCCACCUCUUUUGGGAACUUUAAGAAUCUGCUCCACUUGGAUUUGUCCAAAAACAAGCUCAAUGGAAGUAUACCGAGAGAGACACUCACUCUGCCUGCUUUAAGCAAGCAUCUAAAUCUAUCCAAUAACCUUCUCAGUGGGUCUCUCCCCAAAGAAAUUGGGUCUCUACAAAAUGUUGUUGCCAUUGAUAUCUCAAAUAACCAUAUCUCUGGUAACAUUCCUCCUUCAAUUAGUAGCUGCAAAAGCUUGGAGGUAUUGAUAAUGGCGAGAAAUAAACUCUCAGGUCCUAUUCCAAGAACGUUUGAUGUUCUUAGAGGCCUCCAGCUUCUGGAUCUCUCCUCCAACCAUCUUUCAGGCCCCAUUCCUGAUGAGCUUCAACGGUUGAAUGCUCUUCGAACUCUUAACCUUUCUUUUAAUGAUCUCGAGGGAGUUGUUCCAAUGGAGUUUAGAAAUAUCACCAACCUUUAUUUGCAAGGAAAUCCAAAGCUUUGUGAUGGAUAUUUCUCAUGUGCAGCCACAGGGACAAAAGGAAAGGUGAUUAAAAUUGCUGUCGUCUCUGUUUUAUCAGCAUUGUUAGCAAUGCUUCUUGUAUUUGGAACUGUUGUUUACUUCAUGAGAAGAAAAUCAAAGGUUCCAUUGUCAUUAUCAACUGAAUGGGUAAAGGGUAAGCCUGAAAUGAUCUCCCAUCGUGAGCUUUGUUUGGCGACUGAUAAUUUCAACCCAGAAAAUAUGGUUGGGAAAGGAAGCUUUGGGACAGUUUACAGAGGCUAUUUGGAACAGGGGAUUGGUAUUGCAGUCAAGGUGUUCAACACAGAGAGAGCUGGUUCUGUGAGGAGCUUUCUGGCUGAGUGUGAGGCUCUAAGACAUGUGAGACAUCGAAAUCUUGUUAAGCUAAUCACAUCAUGCUGCAGCAUUGACUUGAAGCAGAACGAGUUUCUUGGUUUGGUUUAUGAGUUCUUAAGCAAUGGAAGCUUGGAUUCAUGGAUUCAUAAGCAUAAACUUCAUGAAAAUGGAACUGGGCUGAACUUAGUGGAGAGAUUGAACAUUGCCAUUGAUGUUGCUUCUGCGAUGGAUUACCUCCAUAAUGGCUACGACGUUCCAAUUGUCCACUGCGAUUUAAAGCCCAGCAACAUUAUUCUGUCGGAAGACAUGACUGCAAAAGUUGGGGAUUUCGGGUUAGCUCGUUUCCUGAUGGAAGGCGAAACCAACCAAUCAUCUUCCAUUACUUCGAGCCGUGUCUUAAAGGGUUCCAUUGGCUAUGUUCCUCCAGAGUAUGGUGUGGGAAGGAAGGCUACAAGAGCUGGAGAUGUGUACAGCUUUGGAGUGACAUUGGUGGAGCUUUUUACAGGGAAACGUCCAACUGAUGAAGGGUUUUCAGGAGAGCUGAGCUUGAUGAAAUGGGUUGAGUUGGGUUAUCCAAAUAACAUGGAUGAAGUAGUGGACGCUGCCCUGUUGGAAUCACGCUUCAACUUAUACUAUGAACAACAAAAGAUUAACCCAAGAAAACAGUAUGAUUGUCUGGUUGAUGUCAUGGGUGUUGGACUCUGUUGCACUGCUAAUUCGCCUGAUAAACGUAUUAGCAUGGAAGAUGUGUUUGUAAAGCUCAAGACGAUAAGAGCCACUCUUGUUCAUCAUUCAAAUGGGAACAAUGAGUAAAAAAAAAAAACAUCAAAUUUGUUGCUGUCUAAGGGUAACAUUCGUUGCAAAUUUUUAAGUCGACCGAUCCACCGACGGCUAAUUAUUGUUCGGAGGGAGUCCCACGUUAACUAAUUUAUAGGAUACAUCUCGAGAGCUUUAUA